AUGUCAUUCGGCACAGGCAGCCCCAAGGCGUCUGAACAAUUCAGGGAGCGCUUGGUCUCGAGGUAUUUCUCCACCACCACGGAUCUUGCGCGACCAAACCCGGGCCUCGACAUUACAGAACCGAACACCCGUCGCGCUGUCAAUUUCGUUCCGAAACCCUCCACCGAUACCGCCCUGAAUGCUUUUGCUGAAUUGCUUCUCCUUCGUCUCAAUGCCACCCACGCUUUGAUAUCUCUCAUCGACUCAAGUCAACAGUAUGUUUUAGCAGAAGCUGCGAAGUCGGCAGCCCAGGUGGGCUUCGCAGCCAAGAAUAACAACGCACUCUGGAUCGGUAGUGUGGUCUUGCCUAGAGAGACGGGAUUGUGCUCGUUAGUCCUGCCCAACUCCGCCGAAUCAGCAUUGUAUGCAGAGCAAGACCAAGAUGUCGAUCCGGACAUGGUAGUCAUCAACGACUUGAGGGAAGAUGCGAGAUUCUUCAACCGCCCGUUCGUGGUGGAUGGUCCUCAGAUGCGCUGGUAUGCGGGUGCUCCUAUCCGGUCGCCUGACGGCACAAAACUGGGCGCUGUUUGCAUUUUCGACAACCGCUCUAGGCAGGAUUUUCCAAGAGAAGAACAAGUAUUCCUCUGCAACACCGCCAAAACUGUCAUGAGCCACCUUGAUGCUGUCAAAAUCAGGUCAGAACACCAGCGAAGAGAUAGACUUAUUGAAGGGUUGCAAGCGUUUGUGAGCGGUCUAUCCGGACUAACGAGCCAAUGGACCGAAGCUGCCGAUAUGCGUCAUGCAAACAGCGACACCGCAGCUCCGCAAUUGAGUCAGGGAAGUGAUGUCGACCCGACAAGGUACUCGACAUGGUGGGAGGCGGCCCUUCCGUCUGGUUGUAAGUCCAUGUUCAGUCGGGCAGCAAAUAUAAUCCGGGCUGCUGGCGGCUACGAUGGUAGUGCCUUUUUCUACAUUCCCUCUGUUGAAUCUUCCCGUAAGUCUAGACCACGCCAGGAACGAAUGGACGACCCUGUGCGGGCUGAGAAACGCCAUUCUCCUAUGACAGGCAGUUCGCCAUCCUCGAGCGCAACAGAAGACUCACCCGAUGCUAUCGAGUCUCAGCCCGACCAGGAGCCCUCCAGCGGUGAUGAGACUGGCUCAGAUGCAGUCUGCCCUAUAUUGGCCUUCUCCGUUACCCAAGCCACGGAAGAAGUUCGAAUCCGAAACCAGCAACAGUUCCCUCGGUUCCUGGUUCGUGAUAUGCAGAGGCUUAUGGGGCGUAGACCCCGCGGACGAGUAUAUCUGCUGGACAGCCUCAGUACAGCCUUACCAGGCGACACUUCAAGUUCGGGUUCGGGGGCAGACAACCGAAAGCCCGUUCAAAAUACCACGACGGGUGCCACCACUCCACAACCUGAUGACCGGCACAAGAGACGCAGAGCCGCCCAAGUCAAGGCUUUGCUGAAGAUCGAACCCAGUGCCAGGGCCUUCGUCUGUCUUCCUUUGUGGGACUAUAAUCGAAAGCGAUGGUUCGCGUUCAACGUUUGUUGGCUUUUGAAGCCGGAUCGGGAUCUUGCGACUGACCAAGACUUGAAAUUUCUACAGGUGUUUAGCAACAGCAUUACAAAUGCCCUGGCGCAUCUUGACUCUCUCGAUGAAAGUCGAGCAAAGGAUUCCUUCGUGUCCUCGGUAUCGCAUGAGCUACGGUCACCACUCCAUGGCAUCCUUGGAGCUACCAAUUUCUUGUAUGACAGCAGCAUGGGACGCUUCCAGCGCGAAAUGGUGGACACCAUCACAAGUUGUGGGCGUACUCUUCUGGAUUCCCUAGAACACGUCAUGGAUUUUGCCAAAAUCAACAACUUUUCCCAAGUUCACAAUGACAAGCUUUCUAAAGCAGCAUCACCAAGGAAGCAGAUUAUGGAGUCGCGAAGGAAGAAGGCAUUGGCGGCGUCAAGUCUCACGUCAUCUGUCGACAUAAGUUUGGUCAUUGAAGAAGUGGUGGAAUCUGUUGCACUGGGAUUCACAGUUCAGCAUGAUUUCCUCCAUUCGGAAGAUGCCAUUGCAGGAGUCGGAGUCCAGAUUCCAAAGUUCAACACAAAGCCACAAGAACUGUCAAAUAGCCACAGGACCGAGUCAACCCGCGGCCGUGUUCGCCUAUGUCUGGAUCUGCCUGCUGGCAAUUCUCAUUUUGAAACGCAGCCAGGCGCGUGGAGAAGGAUUAUCAUGAAUCUGGUGGGCAAUGCAUUGAAGUACACAGACGAGGGUUCUAUUAGGAUUUCGUUACGUGUUCAGGACGCCGAAAUUGGUUCGGGAGAACAACAAUUAGAUGAUGGGAAGAAGCUCAAGGGUGGUGCUGCUCUGUUUCUAACCGUGCGGGACACUGGCAUUGGGAUGUCCAACGAAUUCAUGCAGAACCGUAUCUUCAAAGCAUUCUCACAGGAGGAUCCGAUGGCUGUUGGGACUGGGCUUGGCCUCAGUAUCGUGGAUCAGGUGGUCAACUCCAUGGGCGGCCAUAUCGAGGUUGCAAGUGCGAGGGGCUUGGGAUCAACGUUCGAUGUCCAUCUAACGUUGAAGAAGGCUGAGGUGAAGACGGCGCAGGGCACGAGAGCAGACCUUAUCGCCGCUGUCGCCGACCGCUUGAAACGUCUUCGGAUCUGCGUUCUUGAAGACGUCCAUUCGAAAGCUUCCCAAAAGAACACGGAAAGUUUGUUGAGGGCUGAGGAGCACUUCUCACAAAGUCUCAUCCGAACUCUUAGGGAAUGGUUCGGUGUAGAGGUCUUGACUGCUUCUAGAUGGACUGCGAAGUCUGCGGACUUGGUUAUCUGCUUGGAACCCUCGUUCCAACAGCUCCAGUCAGUGCGCUCGUUAUCUGGGAGUAUGACGCCUCCGGUAUUGUUCAUCGCGCAUGACGCCCUCGAAUCGGCUGUACUACGGGCCGAUUCUCGUGUCACAAGCUCAGAAUCAUUCGUUGAGAUUACCUACCAACCGUAA